AUGUCCACCACCGACGGCACGGUGCGCCCGCCGACCUCGCGUGCUGCUGAGCAUGCAGACGAAUACAAACAGACGCCGCCUGCUCGCACAGCCGCUGCCUUCUUCCCCAUGGGUUACAAGGACGCGGCAUACCAAUGGUGGUCCAGCUUGAGCCCUCAAAACGUUGAGCACAAUGUCCUCAGCCUCAUGCCGUACCUGAAGGAAGCCACUGGCACCAUCACCCACCCGAACGCCAUCGACAGCCACGACCCGUACGGAACCCGAAUCUGGCGACGAUCCAUGGUCCAGCUCUCGGGCAAGAAUCGCGCCCUAAAUGAGGUAUCGGUAGAGAGGGUCGGAGAAGAAACCGAGGAGACCCUCGUUAUGCUCCACGGCUACGGCGCCGGUCUGGGCUUCUUCUACAAGAACUUUGAGCCCCUUUCGCGCGUCCAGGGCCUUAAGCUGUAUGCUCUCGACAUGCUGGGCAUGGGCAACUCAACGCGACCCCCAUUCAAGAUCCACGCCAAAGACAAGGAGGAACAGGUCAAGGAAGCCGAGAACUGGUUCAUCGAUGCCCUUGAAGAAUGGCGCAAGGCCCGCAAGAUUGAACGGUUCACGCUGCUGGGACACUCGCUCGGCGGAUACCUCGCGGUAUCAUAUGCGAUCAAGUACCCGGGACACUUGAAGAAGUUGAUCUUGGCUUCUCCCGUCGGAAUCCCUGAGGACCCCUAUGCCGUCAACGCCGCCAUGCCCGACCCCGAAGAACCGACCUUGCCAACCGACUUCACCGACGAUCCGAUGGCCGACCCCGAGGCUGCCAGCACGCUUGCAAGGCACAAGCCUGCCCAUGUCGUCAUCAAGCGCCCCCUUCCGAGCUGGUUUGUCUGGCUCUGGGACGCGAACAUCUCCCCAUUCAGCAUCGUGCGAUUGACUGGUCCCUUGGGCCCCAGAUUCGUCUCCGGGUGGAGUUCCCGAAGAUUCAAUCAUCUGCCUCCCAAAGAGUCUCAGGCUCUCCACGACUACUCCUUCUCGAUCUUCAAACAAAAGGGUAGCGGCGAGUAUGCGCUUGCAUACAUCCUCGCCCCUGGCGCGUAUGCCCGCCGACCAGUCAUCAACCGCAUCCAAGAAGUUGGCCGACAACCCAUCCCACAACCAGACGGUGCCAAGGCACCGAAGGAGACUGGCAUUCCAAUUGUCUUCAUGUACGGAGAAAACGACUGGAUGGAUGUGGCUGGUGGUCUGGCUGCCCAGGAGAAGCUGAACCAGACCAAGCGAAAGGCCCUGAUCCACGGCACAGAUGAGGAGAAGCGGAGUGAGAACGGCAGCGCCAAGGUCUUGCUCGUCUCCAAAGCUGGUCACCACUUGUAUCUCGACAACCCAGACGAGUUCAACGACAUGAUCCGCAAGGAGCUGGAGGAUACCAAGGAGACAGAAAGGCGGAAGCGCGAAUUGUAG